AUGUCGCCCGUUUUCCGGUGGGAACGAACGGCUCCCCUUCUUUCAAACGGCACCGAAGUUCAGCCGGACCGGGCUCCUCAACGCGGAAUCCUCGGUAGGAACUGCGGCCCCGGGUUUGUUUUCGCGGAUGAUGAGUGCGAUUCCAAGGGAUGCUAG